GCGCCCGCCUCUCUCCCGCGAGCCGGCCUGGAGGGGCAGCCGUGGCAGGUGCAGAUGCCGGCGCAGCGCGCGGGGACCCGGCCCAGCAGCUCCUAGCCCGGCAAGCGCGCUCCCCCGGCUCGGCGGACCCCCGGCGGGAGGGCUCCGCGCCUCGGGGUGUCUGGGGGUGUCUGGGGCCGCUGUGGCGUCGGGCGGCGGCGGCGGCGGCUCCUCCCCCGCCCCCCGGACGCGGGCGCGUUACUCAUUAACUGCGCGGUCCCGAGCGCCCGCGGCUGUGAACCCGAAUCCCGGUUACCUGUCGGCGGGGCGCGCGCGGCUGGCUGCCGGGGGUCCGCGGCCGCGGGGUGGCGGGGGGUGGGGGGGUUGGUUGUAAGAGAGUUCCGGAACAAGUGUGGAGCCCGGCGCUGCGCGGGACCUGGAGUGGGGCGAAGCAGUAGACUUGGACCUGGAGUCUUAGUAAAGGACACGCGAGGCUCCGGGCCGAGACGUAGAGGUCACCCUUGGCAGGUUUCGGCGAAACUUGGGGGGCCAGAGCAAGCGCCGGGAGUCGCGCCUUAGGCGGCAGCGCAUUUCGGCCUGACUUUUGUUUCGGGGGAAUUGAGACGAGCUGCACCGACGUAAUUGUAAUUACACUGCCCUUCCAGCGUUGACAACUCUCUGCGACUGCCCGGGGACCAGCCAGCUCUAAUGGACUCUAGAAGUGAUGAUGUUAGGUGGAAUCUGCAGCACGUGAAGAGUUGCCAGUUGUUAUGGGAUUAAGAAAACAAAUCUGUAAUGGCUAAAGGGUUAUCUUAUGAUGAGGCUUUUGCUAUGGCUAAUGACCCCUUGGAAGGCUUCCAUGAAGUAAACCUUGCUUCACCUACUUCUCCAGACCUUCUUGGUGUGUAUGAAUCAGGAAAUCAGGAGCAGACUACCUCACCAAGUGUCAUCUAUCGGCCACAUCCUUCAACUCUGUGCUCUGCCCCAAUUCAGGCUAAUGCCUUAGAUGUUUCCGACCUUCCCACGCAACCUGUGUAUUCAUCCCCCAGACGUUUAAACUGUGCAGAAAUAUCUAGUAUCAGCAUCCAUGUUACAGAUCCAGCGCCUUGUUCUACCUCUGGAGUCACAGCUGGGUUAACUAAAUUAACUACGAGAAAGGACAACUGUAAUGCAGAGAGGGAGUUUUUACAGGGUGCUACUAUAACAGAGGCUUGUGAUGGCAGCGAUGAUAUUUUUGGGUUGAGUACUGACAGUCUGUCCCGUUUACGAAGCCCAUCUGUUUUGGAAGUCCGAGAAAAGGGCUAUGAAAGAUUAAAAGAAGAACUUGCAAAAGCUCAGAGGGAAGCUCAUAAGAUGGUGAGAGAAGCAAAUGUCAAGCAGGCAACAGCAGAAAAACAACUAAAGGAAGCACAAGGAAAAAUCGAUGUCCUUCAAGCCGAAGUGGCCGCAUUGAAGACCCUUGUCUUGUCCAGUUCUCCAACAUCACCUACGCAAGAGCCUCUGCCAGGUGGAAAGACACCUUUUAAAAGGGGGCAUACAAGAAAUAAAAGUACAAGCAGUGCUAUGAGUGGCAGUCAUCAGGACCUCAGUGUGAUACAGCCAAUUGUAAAAGACUGCAAAGAGGCUGACUUAUCUCUGUAUAAUGAAUUCAGAUCUUGGAAGGAUGAUCCCACAAUGGAUAGAUCGUGUCCUUUCUUAGACAAAAUUUAUCAGGAAGAUAUCUUUCCAUGUUUAACGUUCUCAAAAAGUGAGUUGGCUUCAGCUGUUUUGGAGGCUGUGGAAAACAAUACUCUAAGCAUUGAACCGGUGGGAUUGCAACCUGUUCGAUUUGUGAAAGCUUCUGCAGUCGAAUGUGGAGGACCAAAAAAAUGUGCUCUAACUGGCCAGAGUAAGUCCUGUAAACACAGAAUUAAAUUAGGGGACUCAAGCAACUAUUACUAUAUUUCUCCUUUUUGCAGAUAUAGGAUCACCUCUGUAUGUAACUUUUUUACAUACAUUCGAUAUAUUCAGCAGGGGCUUGUGAAACAGCAGGAUGUUGAUCAGAUGUUUUGGGAAGUUAUGCAGUUGAGAAAAGAGAUGUCAUUGGCAAAGCUGGGAUAUUUCAAAGAGGAACUCUGAUGCUCUGCCUCGGACCAUGCAUGAACCUCCCUGAACACCUGGAAAAUGGCUGCAUAUUUUUAUGGUUACUUGAUAUUUAUUUCCAAGGAGUGGGCCCAAGACUUUUUCCCUCUUUUGCAGAUUACACUAAGAAGUACUGUGAUUUCUUUUAAAUUGACCUAUGCUGUGUCUGCUUACUCUUUAGUUGAACAUACUAUAAAGAAUUACAGGUGUACUAGUGAUUGUAAUAUAUAGUUGCAAAAAAAGCUAAAUAAAUAAAGAAAUACAUCAACGUUAGAUUGAAUAUGUUUUUGCUUUCUCUUCUAGCUCUGACACAGCGUGUAGGGUAUGCUGAAUGCAUUGAAUUGUAGCUUUCAAACUGCAUAGCAGCCUAUGAGUGGCGAAGAAGAAGGCUAAGUGGACAGAAUUAGCUCUGUCCCCCCACAAGAAUGGGCUUAUUUCUAUCUGUUUUGUAGAUUGGGCUUCAAAGAAGGAUUUUAUUUAAAGAAGGCAAAAAGAAGAAAUUCAGCACCUACCCUCUCCAUCUAGAGAAUGCUACUGUUAGUAUUUCUGAAGAAGAGUCUUCUACCUUUCAAUAUUUUCUACCUACAUAUGCAUAUUUCUGAAACAAAAAGACUUUCUUCUUUAACUUAAAUAACAAAUAUUUUUUCUACAUGUCUUUAAUCACUACAUGAUGUAGGAUUUGACUGUAGGAUGUUAAUAUACUUUGUUUUGAAAUGAGCUUAAAACAUUUUUUUCAUAUCAUAAUGCUGUGAUGAAUAUCCUUAUGCAUACUUCUUUGCACAUUGUUGAGUUGUUUCCUUCACAUAGACUUGCCUAGAAGUAAAAUUGUUGGGUCAAGCUAUAUGUGUAUUUUAAAAUACUGAUCUGCUUUGCCAAAUUGCCCUCUAUAGAGUUGAACAAAUUUAUUUUUUACAACAGCAUUUUAUGAGAGACCUAGUUUUCUGAAGAUGGCAUUGUUUUCAAUCCUAUCCUCAAAGAUUUGGUCAACCUUACUUGUAGAAGAUUCAAUCACCAGGAUGGGUAGGAGUCUACAGAUAAAAGGAUAUUUGAGAAUGGUAUGGUGUGGUAGAAGCCAUCACUAUCCUACCAAGCUGAGGAAUCUGAAAUUGAACAUGAAAAGAACUUUGAAACUAGAAUUUUAUGUCCUGAUAAAUAGUUAUUCAAAUGUGAGGACAUAAUAAACGUGUUCUCAGACCUUCAAAACUUCAGAAAAUUUUCCAUACAAAGAUGCAAAUUAAAAACACUUUUGGAGAAAGUACCUAAGUGUGAAUAGAAACAAAUCCCAAAGAGGCUGCAAGAGAUUUGGGGGAAGAGAUACUUAAAGAGAUUUUUGAUGACUUUAAAAGAAUAAAAGGUAAGGGUAAAGAAAAUAAUAAAGUAUAUAACAAUCUAGAAUUAAAAUUCUUUACAAUGUCAACACAUUGGCAAUGGGAGGAGACCAUAGAUUGUGUGGGUAAAGUUCCAGUCUUUUUAGAUGGAAGAGAGAGAGAUACCAAUUAAUUGUGAAGGACCAAAGGA